GAGGGGAGGUGGAGGCGGCAGCGGUGCUGAGCAGGCCUCGAGGGGGCUAGAGGACAGAGCUCCGGCCCGUACCGUCAACACUAACUUCAUUCACCGUAUCAUCGACUUCACUUUCUUAAAAAAAGAUACGUAUAAUUCUCCCCACUCCUCUUCACCCACUCUAUCCUUUCCCUUUAAAGUAACGUAGGGUUACUUUAAAUCCGAUAUUGGAUCGAAUUCGCAAACGCGCAGCUCAUCGCCUGCUGCCGCUAAUUUGCCUGCCGGCGUGAUCGCCAGUGUGUUUUCAAGAAGAUGUCGGCAGCGGCGGCGGUGGUGACAGCGGCGGAAAAAGUGGAUGGUUUCACUAGGAAAUCCGUGCGGAAAGCGGCCAGGCAGAAGAGGUCGCAAGGAUCGUCGCAGUUCAGGAGUCGGAGCAGCCCGGUCGAGAUCCUGCUUCUACCACCCCUCAAAGAUGCUCCAAAUGCUGAACAGCAUGAUCUCUUCUGUCAAAAAUUACAGCAGUGCUGUGUGAUUUUUGAUUUCAUGGACUCUGUUUCAGACUUAAAGAGUAAAGAGGUCAAAAGAGCAACCCUGAAUGAAUUGGUGGAUUUCCUCACCUCAAAUAGAGGUGUGCUUCUUGAACAAGCCUAUCCUGAAAUAGUAAAAAUGAUUACCUGUAACAUUUUCAGAACCCUUCCUCCAAGCGACAAUCCAGAUUUUGAUCCAGAAGAGGAUGAACCAUCUUUAGAAGCAGCAUGGCCUCACAUGCAGCUUGUAUAUGAAUUUUUUUUGCGGUUUCUGGAAUGCCCAGACUUCCAACCUAGUAUUGCAAAAAGGUUCAUUGAUCAGAAAUUUGUACUGCAGCUUUUGGAGUUGUUUGACAGUGAGGAUCCACGAGAACGGGAUUUUUUGAAAACAGUUCUGCAUCGUAUUUAUGGAAAGUUCCUUGGACUACGCGCAUUCAUCAGGAAACAGAUAAACAACAUUUUUCUACGGUUCAUAUAUGAAACUGACCACUUUAAUGGAGUUGCAGAACUAUUGGAGAUACUUGGAAGUAUUAUUAAUGGAUUUGCACUGCCAUUGAAAGCAGAACAUAAACAAUUUCUUUUGAAGGUGCUCAUUCCCCUUCAUACUGCUAAAGGCUUAGCUCUAUUUCAUGCACAGUUAGCUUAUUGUGUGGUACAGUUCUUGGAAAAAGAUGCCACUCUUACAGAACCGGUUAUUCGAGGAUUAUUAAAAUUUUGGCCAAAAACUGUCAGUCAAAAAGAGGUUAUGUACUUGGGUGAAGUAGAAGAAAUUUUGGAUGUGAUAGAACCUUCUCAGUUCAAAAAGAUCCAAGAACCUUUGUUCAAGCAAAUAGCCAAGUGUGUAUCAAACCCACAUUUCCAGGUCGCAGAACGAGCUUUGUAUUUCUGGAAUAAUGAGUACAUACUUAGUCUAAUAGAAGAUAAUUCUGAGAAAAUUCUACCAAUUAUGUUUGGUAGUUUAUACAGAAUCUCCAAGGAACACUGGAACCCAACCAUUGUAGCACUCGUUUAUAACGUACUAAAAACAUUAAUGGAGAUGAAUGGAUCACUGUUUGAUGAACUUACAGCAUCUUACAAAGCAGAAAGACAACGCGAAAAGAAAAAAGAACAGGAGCGUGAAGAGCUUUGGAAGAAUCUUGAAGAAUUGCAGCUCCAGAGAAGCCAGGCGCUUUCUGGCAGCUUGCAGAUCAAUACCCACAAUGUGGAAAAUGCUCAAAGCAGAAAAUCAAGUGCCAAAUAACCGGAAUCAACAGUUGGUGUACAGUUACAGGCUAUGACGAUGGAGCAUUUCAUACAUAUUUUGGAGUAUGUGUGGGAAAAAUGCAUUCACAAGGAAAACCUUCAGCAGUAUACUUCCAAAAAAGACCAACUUUUUUUGAUGAGCUGUAAAUUAUGUCAAAAGGAAAGAACAUGAACUUUGAACAUUACUGUGUGACCACAUGAUAUUUGUAACUUUGUCUGAUCAUGAAUUUAUUACGUCACUUUUUAGAAUUCAGAGAAUAAAUGAAUUUAUCAUUUGUGACCAGAGUGAAAAUAAUUGAGUGGUGAAAUUAUGACUUGAAAAAAAUUUUUGAUUGUGCUGCACAUUGAAAAUUAGUCAGCUAUUUAAAUAUAGAUUUUUCCUAUUUUAUAUGUGCUUCUCACAAUGCUACAGACCUCAAGUAACAAGAAAGGGAGUGAGUUAUGCAUACACAGCAAACAUUAGAAAUUCAAGGAUAAAAUAUUGUAUGUUUUUUCUCUUCAACUAGUCUUUCUGAUGCUGUGCCAGAGAACCAUUCCAUUCUGUAAACCUAUGGGAGUGUGAAGCUCUUUUGUAAUAAGACAACUUAUUUGAGGUUUUGAGCAACAUUCAAUAAAGUCUACAUAAUAUUUGUA